AUGGCUUUCAGACCGCUGCUACGGCAGCGCGCCGUUGUUCCUGCCAUGGCCGCCUUCUCCGCCGCAGCAAUCUUCGCACCUGGCACUGUACACGCAGAGGAGCGACCAGCCGACCUAAUAGUGCGUCCAUCAAUUCUCCCAAUGACACACCUGGGGACACUGCCAAGUGGUGCCCGGACAGCCUCCCUCCCCGAUCACGAUACUGAUUCUACCCAACAGAACCGCAAACCAAUCUACGAUGACAUGCCCCUCGACACCAGCGCGCCCACGCUCCCAGAACCCUCCAAACCCUCCACCUCUCCAUCCGAAUCCUACCGCCCAACGCCUACCGACCGUCUAGCCGUCGAGAUUGGCCGUGCGCGCCUCGCCAUCUACCAGCAAGUUGUGCGCGGCGAAAAAGCAGUGGACAGCGCCCUGACCGAGACCCUCCGCCUUGAACACUCCUUCACCAGCACCAUCCGCUCUCUCGGCCCUCCCAAAGAGUCGAAUGAAAAGAUCUUCCCCGGCGCCUUGUAUGUUCUUGUCGCAUCAAUGGCCGGCUCAAUCGUCACACGUAACCGCAACAUCCUACUACGCGCCUCUGUCCCCGCGGUCGUGGGCAUCGCUGCCGCAAAUGUUGUCCUGCCUAUCACUACCAAGAACGUGGGCGACCUGCUAUGGACGUACGAGGAGCGAUACCCCGUUUUGGCAGACGCGCAUCUCAGGACCAAGGCGCGGAUUACCAAGUUCAUCGAGACGGGCAAGGCGCAUGCGGGCAUGACGGUUGGUAUAGUAGAAGAUAAGCUGGCGGAUACGAGGGAGAGCCUAGAGGGCUGGGUCAGGAAGGGUCGAUGA